GAAAGGGGGACGGACAUAACAAGUAAGGAUGUCUGUUGCCUUGUCUUGUUGUGCUCCUGUAAAUCAGCAGAAUCAGUCUGCUCGGAAAUAUUCUCGUUUCUUUCUUCGAUUUUUGCAGUGGAGUUAUAUCAGGAGGAAGGUUUGAAAACGAUAUCUAGUGUUGGAAACUUCUCCAGAGGACCAAUGGGUGCAAAUUUCACCAUCUGCUGCUGUCACUUCUACCUGAAACCCAACAGAGAGGAGAAGAAAGCUAUUCUGAGUAUGCCUACGCCCACAGCUCCCAGACAACUGGAGUUGUUACCCAGUGAUUCCAGCAACAGCGACACAGAGAAGGAGAGUCAUUUUGGCACACAGCCUAUGAUAUGGAACUUUUGGAGCGGCAAGCAGAGCCAAAGGAGCACUUCAGGUCCAAUGAGCCGCACAAGCAAUUCCCGAGACUCUGCCGUCAGGCGCGAGUCACAGAGAGAGUUACAGGCCUUUAUCAGCAUGAGAGACGAAACUGACAAGGAUACAGAGGAAUGGGAGAAGCUGAACUUUGACAUACACACUUUGCGCUGUGCAAAGCGAGAAGUCAGAUCUCGGUGGAAGAAAAUCCUGUUGCAGCUCGGUUAUCAGUGUGAGGUGGAUGCCUUGCUAUAUGUUAACAACCAGAGGCGGUACAGUCAAGAUCAGGAUCAUCAGAAGAGAGCCACUGAACUGUUGAAACAGCUGCUGGACCACACCUCUUUGUUUCCUCCAGGAACGGGGCCCAGGAACAGAUACCUCUAUGUCAUGGACUACCUGGUGUCGCUGGACAGUGCUGAGGACUUUGUCAAACUGGCCAAAGAAAAAUAUCCCAAGAAUUAUGACUGAGAUGAUGAUACUGACCCAAAAGACAAAGACACAAGGCUGAAGGGUCGAGGGUCGAGAGAUGCCACAUAAAUAAACUCAUAGAUGAUCUGACACAUGCCCACAUACAUUGGUUUUGUUCUUUUAAAGCACUGUUGGUUUAAAAUAAUUUAUUUACACUGAAUAUUUGUGAAUUGCACUUCUUUGUUUUUGACAAUAUACUGUAUUACUAUUUAUUUUCUAUGACUCACUUUUACAAUGUUUCUCUUGCAUUAAAUCUAUAUUAGUCACCUGGAGAAGAUGGUUAAAACUUAUAAAGUCUCUGCCACAGAUGUAAAAGUUACAUUCAGAGCCAAUCGUAAAUUUGAAACAACCUAUUUAACACAUUUAUCGUUAAUUAAUGAUACUGACUAUAACAAACUGUAUGUUUUUCUGUGCAAUUUGGAUCACU